AUGAGCGAAGUUACUUCUGAAACACAUUCCAGCGAUGAUGGGAAACCCAAAUCCUCGCUUCGGAAGUGUAUCUCGCUCCUUAAAGUGGCAAAGACAGACACGGAGCGUUUUGCCGCAUUGAUGUUGGUCACUCAGUUGGUCAGUUCGAACGAAGUUGAUGUCGCUGGUCGAAGGGAACUUUUUGACGCUAUCGGUUUCAAGUUUUUGAACAGAUUGUUGAGUACCCGAAAUGUACCCAACGGCUGUCCUCCAGAUGUGUAUCAAUCGCUCUCGUUGACUAUUCUGGCCUGCUUUGCAACUGAUGAAGAGCUCUGCUCUCACAGCGAGAUGAUAAAUAAAAUUCCAAUGCUCCUGACCACCAUCAAAGCAGCGGGACGAAACGAGUCUGCGAUCGCGGACGAUUGUUACCAAAUUCUCGCCUCCUUCGCUGGUUCUUCGACCGGAAUUAGACAUUUAGUUGAAAUGGGAGCAAUUUCGAAGCUUUGCGAAGUCCUUGAAGAAAAAUAUUCAAAGAAUGCUAUUGAAAUCUUGCUUCGAAUCCUCUACAAUGAGCCACGUGUGCUUUGGCGAGAACAAAGAGACGACCUUCUUGGCGUACUGAGUACAUUGAGCAGGCUGUUCAAAGAAACUCAAGACAGCAGUAAAUUUGAACUUUGUAACUUUUUGGUGCUUUUUCUUUCGGGUGCCGAGAAAUCUACGUUUGAUGGGCAAGAAGAUCAUCCGUGGUUGGCCAAUAUAAAUAAAGCAUUGAAAGAUAUUCUGCAAUCAAGAAUUUCGUCGUCACAGAGAGAUCCCUCUCUGAUUUUAAUAUCGAUAAUCAUCGAUCUGGUUGGAAUGGAUUGGAUGGUUACAUUUUCAGGACAAGAUUCUCAGGGACUCUUUAUUUUAAGCCUUACGAUUGCCAGUGUUGAAAUAAGAAUGAUUUUGGACGGUAAAACCUCGGAGGAAAUCGAACCCAGGGCCAUUGUCCUGACCAGCUGUUACAAUAUUCUCGAAAAAGCAAUUAACUUUGCUAUUGUUCAAACUCAUACAAAAUCUCAUUUGCCGUCCAUUGUUAGCGGCGGCCUGUCCAAAGUAUAUUCCCUGGCAACCGAGGCCAUGCACUCCAUUGGAUUAUACUUGGACCAGGUGGCACAACACGAUGUCAGAGGUCGCCGAACUGGACAAAACCGCGUGGUUGUGGCGUCAGUCCGCAUUCUUUGUGCGUGGAUGUCCGAAGAGACUUCAGCUCUGCAAGAAGAUGUCGGCAAGUUACUUCCAUUUCUGUUGAAGAUCGGAGAGGAAUCGCUUACAACAGGUUAUGAUGAAUAUUUUUCUUUCUUUGCAGAAUUUAAGCUUUGGUUUCAAGAUGAAAGAAAGGAUGCUACGAUUUCAAGUGAAAAAGACAUAAGUGCAAGUCUACCAGAUCUGGAGAAUUUGAUAGGGCAUCAUUCAGAAACUAGAUAUGAUAUCAUGCGUUUCAUGUUACCACCCCUGUGUCACCUGUCUGCUGAUGAUAAAAUGCGCAAGAUCUUCGUUGAAAACAAUGGUCUUGAACUUUUAUCAAAGUACUUUUUUCAUCAUUGGAACAGUUGGUAUGGACAAACAAAUGGUGUCACAGAUGACAAUGAGUCAGAGACGUGUCUUAUUACCAUGCUCGGUAUUUUCUUGAAUAUCCUUGUGACAGAACCAGAACUUUCAACAAAAGCUGAAGCACUUAAGGAGAUUGGCAAACAUGCCCUUUUGUCUUCUUCACAGCUACUCUUCAGAGAUAGAAAUAUCACUAUUUUAGUGAAUCUUGUAGUCCUUGGUCUUUUGUUUGUGAAAUGCCACAAAGACAGAGGAAAAACAGUAUCGUUUGAUCAAUUAGAGGUAUCUGUUUUCCUUAAAAACUCCAUUCAGAUCUUGAAAGAAGCAAGAUACCCUACUACUGGCAAAACACAAGGAGACCCAGGUGAUAGGAAGACUGAGUUAGCCACCCAUUGCAGAGAUUUCUGGGAUGACAUAUCAGAACUUUGGUUUCUAGGCAUACAGGUGCUGUUAUCCUUGGCAGGUUCCAUGUCUGUUGCCAAAGAGCUUCUUGAAGAGAGUGGAUGUUAUGAAGAAUUUGUAAACAUUGUGAAUCAAACCAACAAAGAAGAGGAAAAUCCUGGAGAUAAAAACUGA